UGAACUGGGAUCAACUUUUCAUUCCCUAAAAAUUGCACAUAAACCUGAUCGCUACUACCUGAAAUCGUUGCCAUCCGGCAGUCACGAACACGCCGAGAACUUGCAUGCUUUCCCCUUGCAUGUCGCUUCAGCGGAGUAUCUUGAGUCUUGAGAGUUCACACAGCCUCGCCGCUUUGCCAUCACACCACACGUACUGCAUAUAUAAGGAGGGGGAGCUCGGUGACAGACAGACAGACGCAACGGAAGUGAAGCAUCAGCCUUUAGGUCCAGCUACUACCGCACACCAUGGGCAACGGCAAGGUGUACGCGACGAUAGUGCUCAUCAGGCUGAUAUACGCUGGCAUGCACAUAUUCACCAAGGCGGCGUUCGAGGAGGGCACCAGCACCACCGUCUUCGUCUUCUACCGCCACGCCGUCGCCGCCAUCUUCUUGGCGCCUUUCGCCUUCUUCCUCGAGAUUAGGCAGGGGUCGGCUCCACCGCUGACGUUUAGGCUUUCCGUGAAGAUCUUUGUCCACGCCUUCUAUGGGAUGGCUGGAACCAUAAACCUGUAUAGCAUUGGCUUGAAUUAUGCUUCAGCAACCUCUUCGUCUGCUAUAUUCAACAUCGUCCCGGUGGUUGCAUUCAUCUUGGCCGUCAUGUUCAGGAUGGAGACUCUGAAGUUGAAGAGCGUCCACGGCAUGGCCAAAGCCUCGGGGAUACUUCUCUGCAUCGGAGGCGUGGUCGCGCUGGCGCUGUACCAAGGCCCCCAGCUCAAGUCCUUCAACCACCACCCCCUCCUGCACAGUAGCAGCACGGCCGUGCACGCGCGCCCGGAGAAGAACUGGGCGCUGGGGAUCUUCCUCAUGACCGCGUCGGUCGUGAUAUGGUCCCUGUGGACAGUGAAACAGGGGCCCCUGUUGCUGGAGUACCCAUCCAAGCUUCUCAACACGACGCUCCAGUGCACCUUCGCGAGCGUCCAGUCGUUCGUCAUCGCCCUCAUCAUGGAGAGGGACUUCUCCCGGUGGAAGCUCGCCGGUGGAAUGAGCCUCUUCGCGGUGCUCUUCACGGGUAUUGUCGUGGCGGCGAUCUCGUACUACCUGCAGAUCUGGGUGAUCGAGAAGAAAGGCCCGGUGUUCCUGUCCAUGUCGAUGCCGCUCAGCCUCGUCUUCACCAUGGUGAUCGCCUCCUUCCUCCUGGGAGAAGACGUGGGCCUGGGAAGCAUUAUCGGUGGCGCGCUGCUCGUUGCCGGUCUCUAUGCCGUGCUCUGGGGCAAGGGAAGGGAGGAGCGAGGGGCGGCGGUGGACGCCGCUCUGCCGCAGAGGAGGGCCGACGAAACAAAGGGGAGCGAGAUCGUCCCCGACUCCGACGCGACGGCCAAGGUUUGAUGCGCACCUGGUGGCCUCCUGGGUGCGAUUUCUAGUGGACCUCCAACAUCUUAUCUACAGUACGACUGGUGUUUUAUGCCACGACGAUGAUGCUAAUUCGCUCCAAGAGUGCGGCUGUUCUCCAGAAUUCGGAAUCAUUUACGUCAGCCAAGGACUCUAAUCAUGUACUGUACUGGCUGUUGCAAUGUGUUGCCAUGGUAGCGUAUCAUCACAAAAGGGGUCGACCGCAAGAUGCACGUACGGCAGAUGUCAGUUUAUAAUGGAAUUUAGGAGAAUUCAUUAAGAUGCUGCUAAUGUAACUGUCCAGUACGUAUGAGUAUACCAUGCAGAAAAUGCUUGCAGAUUAACCAGUUCGUGAUCAUCCAA